UUCCUUUUAUAUACAUUUUUAUUUUAGUUAUUAAUACUAAAUUCUACAAAUAUUAAAGGCGAUAGAGAAAAAAUUAGUGAAAUUUAAUACAUUUGUGCAAUGUCAAUAAUAUUUUCCUUAAAUUCUAUCAACUUAAAUAAAUACUAGUCAAUAACAAAGAAAUUUUGUCGAACUUCGUGUUGCCUCAAUGUCAAUGCAACAAUAACAAUAAAGCCACGAACUUGUUUAAACAUAUAAAUUAUGCUGUGAUUAUCAAAACAAAAACAAAAAAAUAGGAAAAAACUUAAAAAGCAAAUCAUGCACAGAAUUCAGUGACGAAUACAUAUAAUCGUUUUGGAAGUGUGUGAUACGCGCGUAGCGAUAUUUUGUGCAAUUAAGACUGUUAAUUCCAUUGCCUCCCAGUGAACGGCAUUAAUUAACCAACAAUAAGCUUUUCUUCGCAAAAAAACCAACACUAUUUAUCAUCAUCGCAAUUACUCAAAGGAAAGUAACAAAAAAGAAAAUAAAAACCCGAAACAUUGUGUACCACGAAAAGCCGUUUUUGUUGCAAAUGUUUAACAUUUGCCGCAAAUUUAAAUUGAAAAACUUUGCGCCGUCAUGAGCAUUGAUGCCACAGCGUCUCAUGAUGUCGCCGAAACUUCCAAUACAGAAGAUCCAGUCUCGAGCUGUGAGAUCACAGAGGCCGAUACGAGCAGUUUUGAAAUUGACGAGAGUGAGGAUGAGGCUACCAUUACCGAUAUGUUGGUCGAUGAUGUGGCCACCGCCCCGCCACUGAUGAUCGUAGCCAUGCCUGACACUCUAUGCAAAAGCAACAUAAGUAAUAGCAGCAGAAGCAACAGUAGUAGCAGUCAUAGCAACAGCAGCACUUAUAGCAUCGGUAACAUACCAAGGGAUGCAAAUGCAAAUCCGUCUAGUGAUCUCAAUAAAAAUGAGUUUACAGCAGUGAUUACGCUUAAUUCAUUUGGCCCAUUUGACCCCAGUAAUACUACUGAAGAGCAAGCGGCUGAUGUUGUAUAUCAGCAGCAGCAUCAACAGCUUACAAAUAAUAUAUCGCCAGUUUUUGCUUUGGAAGAUACAGAUAACAGCAGCUCAAAGACGUCUACUGCAUCGCAUACCACUUCAUCAACCCCUACAACGGCGGAUGUUGCCAAUGUUAUGAGGGAUAAUAAGACGUCUUCUUACAAUCUGCCAAAGUCAAAAGCAAUUGCUUUGCCUUCUACACAAGCGCAAUUAAGAUUGAUCAUUGCUCCGGCUGCUUCUGCAAAACAACAACAGCAACAGCUUUUUAUAGAUGCAAAUAAUGCAACUUCCAUUUCUGAGGAUAAUAUUUCGUUUUCCAUUGCAACCACAACUACUAUCACUGACUUAGACGCAGACAAUAUUAGCACAGCUUUGCCAGAUACUAAGCCAGGGCUGGCAAAACGUGCAAUCCACAAUCAGGCCACUAAAUUAAGUCAUAAUAAGCCAUUAAAAAGUGCUGACGAUGAUGCCACAUGUUCAGCAUAUGCAAUGGGUAAUAAUGACUUGCCGCUUCCGCCGGUGCUAACUGUGAAAACGGAACGUCGUUGUGUAAAUUGGACACGAUGGCUUUGUUUGCAUUUCAAGAGCUCUGGCAUUGGCGAACCUAGCGUAUAUCACGCCUUAGUUGUAAUAUUUUUAGAAUUCUUUGCAUGGGGUCUAUUAACAAUGCCAGUAAUAGCGACUCUGAAUCAGACAUUUCCUGACCACACGUUUCUCAUGAACGGACUUGUAAUGGGCAUUAAAGGUAUAUUGUCCUUCUUGAGCGCGCCACUUGUAGGUGCUCUCUCCGAUAUUUGGGGACGGAAAUUUUUCCUACUCAUCACAGUAUUUUUCACGUGUGCACCUAUACCGCUAAUGGCCAUCAAUUCGUGGUGGUUUUUCGCAAUGAUCUCCAUAAGUGGUGCACUGGCAGUUACUUUUUCUGUCGUAUUUGCUUAUGUGGCUGAUGUCACUACUGUCGAGGAGAGGUCGCGUGCGUAUGGCUUAGUUUCGGCUACAUUUGCAGCCAGUCUGGUGAUUUCACCCGCACUCGGUGCUUUGCUAAUGGAGACGUAUGGUGAUACGCUAGUUGCUGCGCUUGCGACAGCCAUCGCUGUCCUUGACGUGUUCUUCAUAUUGGUUGCCGUGCCCGAAAGCUUGCCAGAAAAAAUUCGUCCUUCUUCAUGGGGUGCGCCCAUAAGCUGGGAACAGGCUGAUCCCUUUUCUGCGCUGCGCAAAGUGGGCUCCGAUCAGACCAUACUUAUGCAAUGUGUUGCUGUGCUGUUGUCAUACUUGCCUGAGGCGGGGCAAUAUUCAUGUAUAUUUGUAUAUUUGAAAUUGAAAAUGGGCUUCAAUUCAAUGGAAGUGGCAGUUUUCAUAGCAGUUGUUGGUACGCUUAGUAUAUCCGUGCAAGUGACGUUGGGCUAUCUUAUGCGGGUAUUUGGUGCAAAAAAUACUAUUAUUUUAGGUUUAGUACUAGAAAUGUUGCAACUAUUUUGGUAUGGUUUAGGCAGUAAGUCAUGGAUGAUGUGGGCAGCAGGCAUAUUGGCGGCACUCGGAUCAAUAACUUACCCAGCCAUAAGCGCUUUUGUUUCUAUUCAUUCACAUCCUGACAGACAGGGUGCCGUUCAAGGUAUGGUAACUGGUAUGAGGGGCCUUUGUAAUGGAUUGGGACCAGCUUUGUUUGGAGUUAUUUUCUAUUUAUUCAAUGUGGAUUUAAAUGAUGAUUUGUUGGGAAAAAAUCCUGAUGACUCAGUACAAAAGGAGAGUAAUAAAUACACAGAAUUGAUACCAGGUCCACCAUUUGCUAUUGGUGCACUAAUGGUAAUUCUGGCAAUUUUGGUUGCAAUCUACAUUCCAGAAAAGCAUAACGAUUUAAAUGUUAGUCGAACUUCAAGUGAAAAGAAGCGUACCUCCGUAGAUGUGCAGUAUGAAAUUGAAUGCGGCAAUAAAUCGACGAGUCCACUGGCACCACUAAUGCGAUCUGAUUCAAUGGCACAAUUGUAGUUUUUAGUAAAUUAAAACCAAAAAAGGACAUAUUUGUUUUCGUAUUUUUUUGAUGAAUUUGUGAAAUGCAGAGCAGAGAGGAAAAAAGAAAAGAUAUAAACUUUAAAUAAGUGCUGACUUUUUAUUUUGUAGAUGCUAAAUUUUAAGCUAAUAGCAAAAUGAAUUCCUAUAAUGAAGUUAUUUAUAAUUUUAACCUUAGAGAGCAAAUGUAUUUUUAAUGCAUGUAUGCAUGUUUGUUCUGUAUGUAUGUAUGUGCUGUAUAUAAAAAACAAAUGUAGAAUAUUAAAAAGAGCUCUAAGCUUUGCUUGUGGUUUUGUUUUUAAAACCUCGAUUUGUUUAAUAAAUUUGUAAAAAACUACGCAAUGUCCUGGACAUAACAUAAGAUAUUGUGUUAUACGAAUUAUAUCUUCAAUAUCAAUACAAUACAUCUAAUUCGAUUUAGUUUUUUUCACAUUAGGUGGCUACUCCACUAAGUUCAAAUGUAUAUUUUAAUAAUGAGAGUUGAAAUAUUUUUGUGAAACCUUAAACUUAGCGUUGUAUUUGAAUAAAAGAAAAGAAAACCGAGUGCGAUAAAGCAGGUGCAUUUCCUAAAAGUUGUAAUUUUAACUUGCAAUUAAUCGCUUUUCCUCAAUGGCGGCGCAUUUGGGGCAUUCAUAUCCAAUAAAUUCUUCGGUGUAUAUGUAUUAUAUAGGACAUAUGUACAUUUCCGUUUUUUUUAUGGAAAAAGUCAUUUGAACUGUUUGGAUUUUACUAAAAUCGGUCCUAUUAUGUUCUUAUGAUUACUUUUAGUAGCUAAUUUAGUUAUUAGAGUAUAUGAUUAUGUGAUUAAUUGCUAUGAGAGUAUGUGAUUAAUUGUACCACCACUUUAUUACACAUUGAAGAUAACUUGCAGCAUAAUGUGAUUAACUGCACCAACACUAUUGCACAUUUAAGAUAAUUUCACUGUACAAAAUUCAAAUUCUUGUUUGAGUAUUUUAAUUUAAUUACAAUACAUAACAGAUAUUUGCACAUACCUAUAUGAAGCUUAA